AUGUCCAGUUCUAUAGAUGAUACCACGAAACCCGAACCAACAUUUCAGACAACUGAUAUAACAGUCGUAGAGCCUACAGUCACAGACCCUACAGUCACAGACCCUACAGUCACAGACCCUACAGUCACAGACCCUACAGUCACCGACCUUACAGUCAGAGACCCUACAGUCACAGACCCUACAGUCACAGACCCUACAGUCACAGACCAUACAGUCACAGACCCUACAGUCACAGACCCUACAGUCACAGACCCUACAGUCACAGACCCUACAGUCACAGACCCUACAGUCACAGACCCUACAGUCACAGACCCUACAGUCACAGACCCUACAGUCACAGACCCUACAGUCACCGACCUUACAGUCAGAGACCCUACAGUCACAGACCCUACAGUCACAGACCCUACAGUCACAGACCAUACAGUCACAGACCCUACAGUCACAGACCCUACAGUCACAGACCCUACAGUCACAGACCCUACAGUCACAGACCCUACAGUCACAGACCCUACAGUCACAGACCCUACAGUCACAGACCCUACAGUCACAGACCCUACAGUCACCGACCUUACAGUCAGAGACCCUACAGUCACAGACCCUACAGUCACAGACCCUACAGUCACAGACCAUACAGUCACAGACCCUACAGUCACAGACCCUACAGUCACAGACCCUACAGUCACAGACCCUACAGUCACAGACCCUACAGUCACCGACCUUACAGUCAGAGACCCUACAGUCACAGACCCUACAGUCACAGACCCUACAGUCACAGACCCUACAGUCACAGACCCAGGACCUACAGUCACAGACCCUACAGUCACAGACCCAGGACCUACAGUCACAGACCUUACAGUCACAGACCCUACAGUCACAGACCCAGGACCUACAGUCACAGACCCUACAGUCACAGACCCUACAGUCACAGACCCUACAGUCACAGACCCAGGACCUACAAACACAGACCCAGGACCUACAAACACAUACCCAGGACCUACAACCACAGACCCAGGACCUACAAACACAGACCCAGGACCUACAAACACAGACCCAGGACCUACAACCACAGACCCAGGACCUACAACCACAGACCCGGGACCUACAAACACAUACCCAGGACCUACAAACACAGACCCAGGACCUACAAACACAGACCCGGGACCUACAAACACAGACCCAGGACCUUCAAACACAGACCCGGGACCUACAACCAGAGAUCCAGGACCUACACCCACAACCAUAGUUCCAAGCGAUACAUCAACAACCACGGACACUGGACCUACAUCCCAAAAUACUGAAAACAAUUCUCUCUUAAAACUCCUUCUAUUUGGACAUAAAUUGUGUUUGAAAUCAUCCAAUACAGUUUUCACUGACUUAGAAACAGACGCCAACAUCAAGACACCACCUUCCAUCACCAUCAAUCUGAUUAUAUUGUCUUAAUCUCUUGGUCACCGUCUCACACGACGAAAUUUGGCAAAAUCAAAUUAUUACAGAUUUUAAUUUAAUUUUGUUUUGUU